GAGAGAGAGGGAGAGAGAGCGACUCAGACAUGCAGACUGCACGAACAGAAAGAUGAGGACAGAGGGAGCGAGAGAGAAAGGAGCGAAAGAGGCUGGAGAUAUAUUUGACCGUGUGGGUGUGUGAAGUCUCGAGGCAUGCAUCAUAAUUGUGGCUUCUUCUUCUCGAAGCAGCUGGACAAGCCACUACAUCAGACAGACAUUGGUGGUCCUUCAAAGUCUGCCAUCUCCUACUUUUAAACAAUCAGAGCUGAGAGGAAAGGCAGCAACAAAAUGGAAACCGCUUUGUUUCUGCUGCCUCAAGGACUUCAUUAAGUGGCUUCAUUAAAAAGAAUCAGAGUGACUUAAGUCAUGUCAGAAAAUGAUCUAUGGGUAAUUAUGACACCCCUGCGCUGUGAGUAACCAAGAAUUCAAGUCAAGAAUUCAUCUGAGAUGGCCGUCAGCCUUGUUGUCAUCUGCCUCCUGACUUUGAUCAGUUGCACCUCGUCCCAGCCCACUCCUCCUCCUCCUCGAGGAUGCAGCGUGAGCGUGGAACCCCCUUACAGGGUGCUGUGCGACCUGGAGGCGGUCUGGGGCGUCGUCCUGGAAGCCGUGGCCUGCAGUGGUGGCCUCACCUCAUUGGUUCUUGCAGUGCUGCUGAUUGUCAAGCUGCGUGUGGUUUCUGACCCAGCCAGGCGCUCCGGCCUAGGUCCCCUGCUCCUGCUCCUGGGGACUCUUCUCGGGAUAUUCACCAUCUCUCUGGCUUUCCUGGUGGGGAAGACCCAGGUGCUCUGUGUGGUGCGUAGAGCAUUUUGGGGACCCCUCUUUGCCCUCUGUUUCUCCUGCUUGCUAGUGCAAGGUGUGAGGCUCAGGAGGCUGGUGGCUGGGAAGUCGAGCCCGACAGGGAGCACACUGGCAGCACUUGGACUGGCAUUGGCUUUGGUUCAGGGGAUCAUCUCUGCUGAAUGGGUUCUGCUGACUGUAGUCAGAGAGGGUCACCCAGCAUGUGAGUAUCCUCCUUUGGACUUUGCACUGAUGUGCAGCUAUACUCUGGGCCUGCUCCUCAUAGCCAUGGGUCUCUCCCUUGGAGUGGUGCUGUGUGGAGGAGAGUUUGGAGAAGAUGGAGGAGACGGCAGAGAAGAAGACAGAGAAGGAGAGAAUGAAAAGCGGAGAUGGAAGUGUAAUGCCGUCUGGGUCUUUCUGUCCAGUCUGGCAUCUGCAUUGCUUUGGGUGGCCUGGCUGGGGUUUUAUCUUUACGGCAGCCAGACACUGAGAGGAAAAGGGAGCAGGGAAAGAGGAGGAAACAAGGAUCCAAAGGUAUUGGAUGAGCCAGCACUGGCAGUGGCCUUGGUGAUUCAGGGCUGGAUCCUGCUGCUGUUCCACGCUAUUCCAGAGUCCCACUUGUGUCUCCAGAAUCCAACACAAUCUGACGCACAAGAUUUCUUUGACACCGCUCGCGCAUCCCCUGCUCCUCAUUUUGGCGAUGAGCACCCUGCACAUUCUCACCAGUCUUUUCAAGAAAACCAGGCCUUCUCAAUGGAGGAGCACAACACAACCGUCCGGAGUGGAACAUACCCCAGCAGCCAUGGCAGCAUCCGCCCGGGCAUCGCCUUCAGGGGCCACGUUUACCAACCCACUGAGAUGGCUUUGGUCAUGAAUGGCGGGACGAUGCCCACAGCUCCCAUUAACUACACUGGACGACGCUUAUGGUAACACAGGGCAGGACUUGCACUUUGUCAAGCCUCUUUUGUGAUGCCGUGAUCCCGUUACCUACAAACAAGAAGAUGUGUUUUACUUUAUUUGUGUUUUUGCACACCCGUUUCAAAAUUAGUUAAAAAAAACAACAGAUAGAAUUUCUGAUUAACUUUUUUUUGGCUAAUUUUAUUGUACAAUUUGACAGUCAUAAGAGCACGAACAGAGAAGGAUGGAGUAAAGUGAUGAUAUUUAUACUAAGGAGUGCUUAAGUAUGAGAAAACAACGAUGCGGAUUACUGGACAUGUUGCCAUUAAAUGCCUGAAAGUUAACCUUAAAGAAACAUUUCAAUGUGGUGAAGUAAGCAUCUUAUCUGCGCAGCGCAACAGCAGUGCCAUAAAAGGUGGUUUCUGUUAACAAGUGAUGCUUACUUCAAUAAACUGUCCGUUCAACUCAGCCUUUAGGACUUUGAUGUAAAUUACCAGCAUACGCGUACAAAGCUUGCUCAGUCUCUGUGUUGUAUUCCAGGGAUCUCAUAGUGACUUUUUGACUGCGCUGAGACACUUUUUGGUUCAUAUCUAUUCAAAAACGUUGGGUCAUCAGGUGCUUUUAAAGGGUAAAGAAAUUUCCCAUCUCAGUAAUGGUAUUUUAAGUGUUGUGCUUUUAAGAAGCAUAGAAUAAAAGCCAUUUGAUACUGCAAUACGUAACGUGCACAGACAAUGAUCAGUACAGAGAUCAUGGUGAAAUUGUGGGAUUGAAGAUUGUUUCAGUUGCAUGUAGAAGCACAAUUCGGGGGAACAGUAUUUUAUUGAAAUGUUUGCAUUUUAUGGAUGUUUGUUUUGUAUUUUUUAUUCAUAAACCAUUUUUUGAUAUAUAU